GCUCCGUUUUUCGUGUAGUAUAAUUGUGAGGAUGCACAGUUGGCAACCUUCUUCUUUAUACAUGAUCAUGUGACAGUGUUGUUGUCUGCUACUAGUGAUGAAUUACGCUUACUUACCUGCAGAAAUUCUUGUCAAUAUAUUUGAAUAUCUUCACCUAUCAGAUCGAAUUUGUGCAAGCCAAGUUUGUAAACAAUGGUAUUUUGCAACUUUAGAUCAACGUCUGUGGCAGAAAGUUGCUAUAGUUCUUCAUGACAAUGCAACAUCAAGUAUGAAAAUUUUAAAAAAUAGUCAUUGUGUUUUUAAUCAUCUUGUAUUGAAAGAAAUUGAUCUAACUUCCAAUUCACUUGAAUUUUGGGAAAGUAUUGGACCAACAAUUCAACACUUAGAUUUUCAUAGUUGUGAUAUAUCUGAAAGAUUGUUUGUUGAUAUUUUAUCUGAAUGUAUGUCAUUACAAUAUUUAGGAAUCAAUGGUUGUAAUGGUCUUUUUAUAUCAGGAAUUCUAUUAGAAAGACUUAGUGAUCUCUCACUGUUAGAGACAAAAUUACAAAAUAUUACUGAAUUAAAUUUAGGAUGUAAUAGAUAUUUGUGUGAUGCCACUUUUAACAGAAUAAUGAAAUUAGUUCCAAGAUUAAAAAAAUUAUCUGUUGCUGGUUGUCAAAUAUCCUUUCAUCCAGGUAUUUAUAAAAGAUUUUAUCCAAAAGAAGAAGAUAAAGUCCCUUCUGGGUCAGUACUUACUUUCCAAAACAUUUUAACAUUCAUUAAAACAAUGAAUAAAACUUUAAAUAGUUUGAAUUUUGGAAGGACUUUGAUUGAUAGUCGAGCAUUAACAAUUUUAGUAAAAGAAUGUGGGUUAAGUUUGAAAGAAUUAUAUUUAGUUUCUUGUGAACAGCUUUCUAAAUUUGGUAUUAAGGCAUUAUGUGAAUAUCAGUCUCAAUUAAAAGUUCUUGAUCUUAGCAUGACUUACCAAAUAGCUGAUGAAUCUGUUUCGGCAAUAUGUGAAAAACUUUUGGAACUUCAAGAUCUUAGUUUGCGUCGGUGUCAUAAUUUGACAGAUAGAAGUGUAAGUGCAAUUUCAAGAUUAAAUAAAUUAAAGAGACUUGAUCUUUCAUCAUGUGAAAAAAUUACACCAUUUGGCUUUAAGGAAGCUCUGUGUACAGAAUCAUUCUUGUAUUUAGAACAUCUUAAUCUCAGUUAUUGUAAUAUUACUGAUGACAUUACUCUCAUAUUUGUGAAACACAUGCCUAAUCUUUUGCAUCUAGAUCUUACAUCAUGUUUUAACAUUACAGAUUUAACUGUAAAUGCUAUUGCAAAAUAUUUAUUAAAAUUGCGAACAUUGAGAUUAGCAUGGUGUAGAGAUAUAACAGAUAAUAGUCUUGCUAAUAUAAAAGUUACAAAUGAAACUGGUGAAUAUGAUAAAAAUAUAAAUUGUACAUCAUCUAAUAAUUUAUCCACAAUAGAUAAAUUAAAUCAGUAUUCUCUUAUUGAAACUGAACAUUCUUCUUUGACAAGUGUUAAAGGAUUGAGAGAGUUAGAUAUAUGUGGAUGUAUAAAAAUUACAGAUCAAACUCUUAAAUUUGGAAUUUUAUUUUUAGAAUUAAAUUAUUUAAAUCUAAGUUUAUGCCAAAAUAUAACUGAUGAAGGACUUAUUUCUAUUGGAAAGAACAAUCCAAGCUUAGAAACCUUCAUUUUAAGUCAGUGUUCUAAGAUAACUGAUUUUGGUAUCUCCAAUUCAAUAAAAUAUUUACCAAGAAUAAAAUAUCUGGACAUUCAGGGAUGUAAACUCAUUACUGAUGAAACAUUAAGGAAUAUAAAUAAAUAUGCUUUGAAUAUUAGAUAUUUAGAUAUAUCUCAUUGUGAUAAGAUGUCGUUAGAAGAGGUUGAAAUCCUAGAAAAAGAUGUGAAGACUCUUCACACUGUUCAUAAACUUAAUAUAAUUUAUAAGCAAAAUGAAGAUAAGUGUGAUUACUUAAAUUUUUAAUAAGUAUGAUUCAUUGAAACUGUAUUGCGCUUAUUGCUUGAUUUAAAAGUUAAAACUAUAAUUUGAGCUAAUCUCACUAAUUUAAAAAAUUAAUAAUGAUACAAUAUUAUUUGUGAUAUGUAAUUAAAAAAGUAGAAGUACAAAUUUUCAAUGGAAAUAU